AUGUCGCAGUACAACUCGAUGCCGUCGCCAGGAUCCUACGUUCCUCCAAACCAGAACGCUGUAACGCAACCGCAAGGCGCCCAGCAGCCCUCGAGCUAUCAGCCCAAUACCAAGAACUAUGGAGCACAAUAUCAAUCUCAGAAGGGAGGGGGCACGUUUGGCCAGAUGAUGAAUCAUCGGCUUGAGCAGGCGGUGACGACAGGAAAGCCAAUGCUGAACAAGCUGGGCAAGACUAUAAGCUCAAAGCUAGGGAACAAGCCUCCGGGAGGCCCACCGCAGCAUCUCCAGAGCUAUCAGAAUUACCAGACUCACUUUGGGCAGCAGGGCCAAAAUCAACCAUACCAGCAACCUCAGGGUCAGGCUUUCAGUCCUCAGUCGCAACAGCAGCAAUGGGCACCACCGCAGCAUCAACCCCCACCUCAAGCGCCGAAUGCCUACCCACCUUCGCAGCAGUCUCCGUAUCAGCAACCCACCUACUCUACACCCGCUUCCGGCCACUCGGGGCAGACCAACUACUUCCCACCGCAAACCACCCAAGCACCCAACACACAGUCUCAUACGCCACAGUCGCCGCUCACGACCGCAGGACAUACUUCAUGGCAAUACGGCCAAGGCGGCGGGAUAGCGGAGCAUACACAGACACACGGGUACAAUGCGCAGAACCAGGCGCAGCCAGGUCAGCCUCAGGCGCCUGUCCCACAACCGACACAUGAAUCUGGCCAAUAUACUGGACAGCAGACGGGAGUAGUAGGAGGCUACAAUGCUGUGCAGCAUACACCACCACCCCACACUUCGACUAUGUCUCCAGGGAUACCCGCCCAGCCCAUGCAGCCACAAUGGGAACAGGCUACCGGGCAGCAGUCGGGUUCCCCAACAUGUUCCACACAGCAGAACAUCACUGCGGCAAGUCCGCAACCUCAUCCACAGCAACAGUGGAAUAGCCCGUCCCCAGGUGGUACAUACGGCCAAGGACAGUCGCAGGUGCCCGCCCACUCCGUCAGCCCUCCGACUACACAGCCGAUGACUACGGCGCCUCAAGUGCCGUCAAACAAGCCUGUACCGUCAAGUCAGUCGUCAACGCCCGGACCGCAUCAGUCUCGACAUUCUGCGCCACACGAGUUCAUUGCGGAGCUUCCUGCAGAUCUUGGAAACUUGACUAUUGCAGAAUCGAAGCCGAAGGAACAAGAAUCAUCGGUCUCAGGCUCGCAAUAUCAAGCCUUCCACCCUUCGCUAUCUCCGACUGGAUCGCCAUCGCCUGGCUUUACCAUUCCUCGGCGGUCGUUUAGUGUCAGCACGAUUCCACUGGCUGAUCCGUGGAGGUUUGCAGAUGCGGUCACUGAAGUUCCAACACGCGAGUUCUAUAUUCUGGCCGAUUUGCUUUUCGACGCUCUGGACCGGAAGUUUGAGCCAAAGAACACGGGCCUUCUAGAAGCACCAAAGAUCAUCGGAAGCUGGGUGAAAUUGACCGAAGACGCCGCUUUUGCAAAGCUGUGGAGUCUCGAGGGAAUCCCCCACAUCAUGGUGCCCUGCCAAUCCAACCUGACACCAAACUGGAACUUUAAUCAACAUUCGCAUGCGCAAGGUGCAAAAGUAAUCGCUGAUGUGCCAACGCCAAUGACAACAUACACGUCGUACAUGCCGGCUCUGAACCUGGCGGGAUGGUACAAAUUCUUCUUUCUUGAGAUGAUGCACGCGCCAGAAGAUAUCGGUGAUUUGAUGGCACUGUGCGCAGACACGUAUAAGCCGGGGGUGCUGAACCACCCCGACCUCAACAAGCGGGACAAAACAGAAAUGCCAGCACUGCAGGCCAGAGCUGCAGAAAUCCAGACAUUUGCAAUCGGGCGCGUGUGUGAGGAGACGAAGGCUGCGAUGGCAGUCGACCCCGAUGUUCUUCCGGCGCACACGCACUCUACCGCACCUACCUCGGGACCCACGCAGACUGGGGCAGGUAUGACGCCACAGGACAUGACGGUGAGCAUGCACAAGAUGCAGGCAGAGCGGCAGUUUAAUGACAUGGCAGCCUGGAAAUGGUAG